UCAAGCAUAAUGAGGGUUUUAUGUUUUGGAAUGUAUCCAGUAGAUGGCAGUGUGAUCGAUUUGCCUUGGCAUCUUUUUGUUUACCUGAGGCCGAUUAUGUGAAAACCAAAACAAAUAGCAUGUCGAGAUACACAAAACUAUGCAGGGAUACCGCAAAGAAUUGAUUAUAAUCUAUUAGCACCCAGCAAUGGCGAAGGAAGUUUUCCAAAUCGGAGAGAAGGUCCACGGACAAGGACCAAUAGUAUUUGCGUGGCAAAAUCUUCAUGGAAACUAUCUUGUAACAUCAGGGGUCAACCGAAGUGUGAACAUAUUUGACCGACAUGGGGAACAGAAAGAAGAGAUUACGUUACCUGGUCAGUGCAUCGACCUUGGGUGGGAUCAGGAUGGCGAUACUCUGGCAAUCAUCUGCGAUAAGGUUGGCACAGUAUUUUUGUGGGAUGCUAACACGCACAAAGUGGCGCAGUUGGAUACCUCAUUCAAGGAUCAACUGUCGCUGUGCAUCUGGGCUCCAGCUAAUCAACUUCUAGCAGCUGGUUCUUCAAAGGGCAACCUGCUUAUCUACAACCACCUAACACAGAGGUUGGUCAUCAUCUGUGCUCGUUGCCUCUCACUGCAGGUGAGCCUGGUUCUGAACAAGAAGAUGAUGUACAUGUACAAUAUGAACAACCCUGACAGCCCCGUUCAGCUGAGCUUCCAGUCUCGAUACGGUCUCAUCGUCUCUUACAAGUGGUUCGGAGAUGGAUACAUCAUGAUAGGUUUCUCCUCGGGUUUCUUCGUCGUCAUCUCGACGCACAUGAAGGAGAUCGGGCAGGAGCUGUUCCAGGCGCGCAACCACCGCGACAACCUCACGGACAUCGCCAUGUGCCAGUCGCUAAACAAGUGUGCAUCCUGCGGCGACAACAGUGUGAAGAUCCACGACCUGUCGGAGCUGAAGGAGAUGUACGCGAUCCUGACGCUGGACGACGAGAGGGCGCCACUGGACCGCAUGCGCUGGACGCUCGACGGGCAGCUGCUGGCGGUGUCGUCGACGCGCGGCACCCUGCACGUGUUCCUCACCCGCCUGCCGACGCUCAACGCAGCGCACGGGACUCGCGUGGCCUACCUCACCUCUCUGCUGGAGGUCACGGUGGAGGAGCCUAAGACAGUGAUCAACAUUGAUGUUGAGCCUACGUUCAUCGGUCUGGGGCCGUACCAUCUAGCCGUCGGCAUGAACAACCGCAUCUGGUUCUACUACCUCUCCGAUUCAGGUCCGGAACAUCUCCGCGAUCGGGAGUACCUGGGAACGGUGCAGAGCGUCAAGAUCAACUCGGAACACGCUUCCGUGCUGUUCGAGAACAAGAUCCAGCUACACGUGAUCGAGUCGGACGCCGGAAUGCCGGAGGGACGAGAGACGCGGCUGUUUCCGGACGACGACCACGGCGACGAGAAGAUCGCUUGCCACGCGAUCACGCACGAGUUUCUCGUAUACGGCACAGAUAGCGGCGCCAUAUAUUUCUUCUACAUCGAGGACUGGGCGUUCGUUAACACCUACAAGCACGUCAUCGCUGCAAGAAAGCUGUUUCCCGAUGCGAGCGGCGCCCGUCUAGCUUUCAUCGACGACAAGACCGACGUUUACAUAUUGAACCCCGUUAACGAACAACUGGCAGAAGUGCCUCAGGUGCCAUCGACCACAAAGGGUCUACUCUGGGAGCAGGCACCAGGUGAUAUGGGAACGUUUGUGAUGUAUGACGAUGAAAAGGUCUAUACGUAUGUUCACAGUAGAGAAACCAUUGAAGGAUCAAAAGUUGAUUUCGUCGGAUCGAUGAAGAUUCCGCACGGACAGGUGCCACUUGUUCUCCAGCAGGGGGAGCUGACGCUGCAGACGCAGAACGGAAAACUAAGCACAGUGCACGUGGAAGCGUUCCCAAAGACAGAUAAUCCACAGAACCUAACAGCCAAUGAGCUGAAGGAGAACAUUAGCAAGUGCAUUGCAUUGAAGAAGUUCAAGGAAGCGUGGCCCUACGCGAUGUAUGUUAACAUGAAGGAUGUCUGGUUAGAGCUAGGACGGGCGGCCAUGCGAAACCUAGAGGUGAAAUUCGCGAUGCGGGUGUACAGACAGCUAGCAGACGUGAGCAUGGUGUGGUCGCUGGAGGCGGUGCAGGGCGUCGAGGACCGCAACCUGCUCGCCGGACACCUCGCCUCACACCUCGAUCACUUCGAGCUCGCGCAGGAACUCUUCCUCGCGUCGUCGGAGCCGGGUGCGGCGCUGGAGAUGCGGAGAGACCUGCUGCACUGGGAUCGCGCGCUGCAGCUGGCGGCCCGCCUCGCGCCCGAAGAGAUCACGUUCAUCUCCCGCGAGUACGCCCAGCAGCUCGAGUUCGUGGGAGACUACGGCAAUGCGCUCACCCACUACGAGAAGGGCCUGACCGACGACGACGACAAAAAUGGAGACCACAACGAGACAUGCAAGGCUGGCAUCGCCCGCAUGGCCAUACGCAUGGGCGACAUCAACCGCGGCGUCGCCAUGGCGAUGGACAUGAACGGGAAGGCGCUGAAGAAGGAAUGUGCGGCCAUCUUGGAAAACAUAAAGCAAUUCGGAGAGGCAGCCCAGCUGUACGAGAAGGGAGAGUUCUACGACAAGGCGGCGUCAGUCUACAUCCGCAACAAGAACUGGAGCAAAGUUGGGGAUCUGCUGCCAAAGGUCAACUCACCAAAGGUACAUGCACAGUAUGCGAAAGCCAAGGAGAGCGAGGGGAAAUAUAAGGAUGCUGCCAAGGCAUACGAGAGUGCAAAGGACUGGGACAAUGUUGUUAGACUGUACUUGGACCAUCUGAACAACCCAGAAGAGGCGGUUAGAAUCGUGCAGGACACACAGUCUGUAGAGGGUGCAAAGAUGGUUGCCAGCACACUGCACCGCACCACACCGCACCACACCGCAUCGCACGCACCCUUCCACGACCACUCUCACGCGUCUUCCCCCCUUUUUCUCCCUACCUCCCACCCGCGCGCGUCCACGAGACGACAACCACCUGACGCGCGCACGUGCGCGUUCCCUUGGCAGGACGCCAAGUACCUGUUCCGGCUGUACAUGGCGCUGCAGCAGUACAGGGAGGCGGCGCGCACCGCCAUCAUCAUCGCUCGUGAGGAGCAGUACAACGGCAACUACCGCAGCGCACACGACGUGCUCUACAGCAUGUACCGCGAGCUGCGUCUGCACGGCAUCACCGUCUCCACGGAGAUGGCGAGCAACCUGAUGGUGCUGCACAGCUACAUACUCGUCAAGAUCCACGUGAAGAGAGGAGAUCAUAUGAAGGCAGCUCGUCUGUUGAUCCGGGUUGCCAACAACAUCAGCAAGUUUCCCGCACGUACGUAUCAUGAUAGCAUCGCAGCCAAUCUACCCACCAAUCACUAG